AUGGCGCCCUCGUCGUCCUCGUCGUCGUCGGGCGCAUCGACUUCCGUGCAAGUCGCUCUGCGCAUACGACCAACGACUACACAGGACACUGUAUCCAUUCCCGCUCGUUUUCAACGGACUGUCAUUCAUGGAACUUCUUCUACUAGUGUGACCGUAGAUGCUUCUGCCGCUGCUCCUACUGCAUCUGGUUCUGCUACUGCCGUCGCAACUCCAUCCACUGCCGCCGGGAAAAAGCAGGUGUUCACUUUCGACCAAGUCCAUCCUCCCACCGUUACCCAGCAUUCACUCUUCACAAGCACUGCCCAGCCCCUCAUAUCACGUUUCAUGGAAGGAUUUAAUUGUACAAUUCUCGCCUACGGACAAACAAGCAGCGGAAAGACAUUUACCAUGACUGGUGUGGACCUUGAUGCCGACCCCUCAGAUCCUAAUAAUGGUAUGGGUAUCAUACCGAGAGCCGUGUCUACUAUAUUCUCGCAGGCGAGAAAACUUAAAGAACAACGUGGCGGGACCUGGAAUUACAGCAUAAAAGGGUCAUUUAUAGAAGUGUAUAACGAGGAUUUGAUCGACUUGCUCAGUUCCGACGAGGCAACUGGGUUGCGGCGCGAGGUACAGAUUAGGGAAGGGAAAGAUGGAUCCAUAAUUUGGGGCGGCCUACGUGAAGUGACGGUGCGAAAUAGCACUGAAGUCAUGCACCUUAUCCGACAGGGAACCGCGAUAAGAAGAACGAAUGAAACGGAUAUGAACGCUCAAUCGUCUCGUUCGCAUGCGAUCUUUUCUCUAACACUGACCCAGAAGAAAUACACUGGCUCAGGCGUACCACCUCGCUCAUCCUCACCAUUACCACCUGGCGGCCGUUCUCCUUCGCGUCUAGCUCGUCCUGGAUCAUUAUACACAGGUGGCAGCUCUCCUAAUGCAAGAGUAUCGUCGCCUACCAUGGGUAGGCCAUCGACUCCGAGUUUCCAGGCAGCUAUGGGACGAGGCGGAGGACUGCGUCCUGCAAGCUCUCUUGGUCUUCGUCCUCCCGAUAAUCGGCAAGAUGAUGAUGAGGGCGGCGAGUGGACCACUAUAGUGUCCAAGUUUCACUUCGUCGACCUGGCCGGUUCGGAGCGCUUAAAACGUACCGCUGCUGCGGGGGAGCGAAUCAAAGAAGGAAUCUCCAUCAACAGCGGUCUUCUCGCUCUCGGUAACGUCAUAUCGGCGCUAGGUGACCCUUCACGUGCGAAGUCACAUACUAACUCUCACGUCCCCUAUCGCGACUCCAAGCUCACCCGCCUCCUUCAAGACUCGCUUGGGGGCAAUGCACACACUCUCAUGAUCGCUUGUGUCAGUCCCACGGAAUGGAACAUUGGUGAAACUGUCAACACUCUGAAGUAUGCCAACCGCGCCCGAAAUAUCAAGAACCGUGCAAUUGUCAACGAAAGGGAAGAUGGUUGGGAUGAUAUCGAAUGGCUACAAGGAACGGUCACGCGUCUUCGCAAGGAGGUCAAACAACUCAAAGAAGGUGGCACCAUCACUUCUUCUACCUCUCCAGCCGUUGGUGAGGUAACGGAGGGAAACUCCAAAAAGAUCCUUACACAAAUGACAGAGCUUCAGAAUAAUUACGAGAGUCUACGCGAGAAAUACGUGGAGCGGACGGAAGACCUGACUCGCUUACGUCGCGAGGUUGGCGAGCGUCACCGCACUUCAUCUGGCGGAACUGUUGGCGGUACGGCUAAAUACGAGGAGAUUGUUGGACCGGUCAUCGAGGAAUACGAGAAGACCAUCAGCGCCAUGGAGGCUGAGCUCGGCCUCAAUCGCGCUGCGCUUCGACUGACCAAUGACAUGAUGGAGGAAAAAGAAGAAGAGCUUGCUCAGAUCACCGAGAGACAUUCUGCGACUGAAUUAUAUGUUGAGGAACUCCGUACGCGACUGGCAAAGCUUACGGAACGGGAAGCAUCAACUGAGGCUUACGUCCGUGACCUGGAGGAGAAGAUGAAGUGUUGUGACGAAACAUCUAUGUCAUCGAGCGAGUCACUGACUGACCUGAAGCGCGAGGUCUCUCGUUAUAAGGAGGCUGAAUCGCACUCAGCCUCGUACAUAGCUGACCUUGAAGCUCGCCUCGCUCGCUCCGAUGAAUCGGUGCUAACCCUGCAGCAGACGAUCGAGCGGCUCGAGAAUGACUGUGAGCGUCGAAGAGAGGAGGUAGAGGCUCUGACGACACGCUUGGAGAAUCUCAGCCAAGACGGUGCUAGUUGGCGGACUGAUCUCGAAGCAAGGGAGAGGAAGGUUAAAGAACUGGAGCAGAAGAUGGAAGCCUGGGAGCGAAAGAGGAAGGAAGUCAACGAAGAUCGCAUCCGGCUUGGUGACGUGGUUGGUGAGGUUGAGCUGGCGAAACGUAGUCUCGAGUCCUUGAACGGCGGGAGCACCAAAGUCAAUUCUCCUAGUGCUUCCGGUGCCAGCACGCCUCCUACUGUGGACCUUUCCGUGGAGAAUCAAUUGGUCGCCCUACGGCAAACUCACGCUGCGACACUCAUAGAUCUUUCGUCUGUUUCGAAGAAGUACCAGGACGCCCUUCAGGAGAUUGCUGAUCUUGCUGCUCAAAUCCAGGAAGCUAAACUCAGUAAUCCGAUGAUCCCGGAGACUUCGGCCGUUGAUAAAGCGGACACCCCGCUAUUCCGUCGUCGAAAGACGUCAUCCAAGAGUCGAGACAGUCUUGCUGACCCUGUAUAUGAUGCAGCUGGUCGACGUCUUUUUUUCAGGCAGGCAGCCUCCGUAGAUUCUCUUCACGGAAGGGCAUUACUUCAGUCGUUGCCGCCAUCGCUUUCGCUUUCACAGGAGCUCUCAUCAGUGAGGUCUCGAGAGGCUUCGAUAUCAAGCCACGGAAGCAGUGGUUCCGUCUCGCAUUCUCCAUCGCAUCGCCCGAACCUCUCCAUCUCUCUUUCCAGUGUUACUGGCGCUACCACUCCCAGUGAUCAGCGCUCUGCGGUGAGUAUGGAGAAGGAGAUUAUGCGCUUGCAAGAGGUUCUUAGGGAGCGUGAAGCUGAAAUUAGCACUCUUGAGUCUUCGCUGAACGAAAAGGAACAGACAGCGCCAACUCCGGUUGAACCGCAUGCUCUCCAAUCUAUAGAGGCCGACGAUUUGACACACCUUUCGCCCAAGACGAUUCAGAAGUUCGACGCCGUUCGAAAGAGCAUGAAGCUACAUCACGAUCUCAUCCCUGAUGUCGAUAGCGAUGUACCUGAUAACGAUGUCGAUGAAUCGCUUGACAGGUUAAAUGAACUUAUGCUGUCUAUGGCACAGAAGGAGUCUCAGCACAAAGAACUCGUUGACUCCCUUCAUGGCCAACUUGCUGUGGUGCAACGUGCGCACGAUGAGUUGACCACUCUUUCUAGGGAUCAGGCGCUGAACAUGUCGACCGAACUUGAAGGUCUUCGUGCCAAACACCACGAUGAUCUUUUGGAGUUGGAGGCAGUCAAGCAGCGUGAGGCGGAGCUUCUCGCAUCCAUCAAGAUAGCUCAGGAGGGUUACGCUGCCGAGCUUGCGGGGCUAAAGUUCAAGCACGAGGAUGCUCUUCGUGCGAAAGGAAUCGAGAUCGAGGAAUUAAUCUCUUGCCUGAAAGACGAGCAUGAGACAUCUCUUGAUACUUUACGAGAACAGCUGUCAGAGGCAUCUGCAGCUCUCGAGAAGGCCCUCAAGGAGCAUGAGAGUGCGUUCGGCAAGCUCCAAGCUGAACAUGAAGAGGUCCUCCAGCGACAUUCUCAAGAGGCUAAGGAGAUUCUCGAGCGCACCAUCGAAGAGCAUCAGCAUGCUAUAGCCAAAUCCAAGGCCGACCAUGCAGAAGUCUUGAAGUCUAAAGACGAGCAAGUAGCCACCGACCUCCACCGCACCGAAGAGGAGUACUACAAUGCGCUCACUAAACUUCGCAAGGACCACGCAGAUGCUUUGCAAAGGCAAGCUACCGAAGCUGCUGCGAUGCUUGAGCGCUUGCGUGAGGAUCACGCUAGCGAGCUUCGCAUGUCUGAGAAAGCUCGCGAAUGCUCCCUGUCAGAGUCGGAGUCAUCUCGUGAUUCGGCACUCCGUGACCUUCAGGACGAGCAUGCCGCUGCCGUUGCAAGAAAGGAGGCUGCGUAUGCGGAGGAUGUAGAGAAACUCAAAACUGAACAUGCGCGCCUCCUUUCGAACAAAGAGGAGGACUACAGAGCAAGGCGCGAGCAUUUGAAAUCCGAGCAUGCCACCGCCAUGGCUGUCCUCAGGGAGGAGUCGGAAGCUCGAGUGGAGCAGCUCACGAAGGCCCUGGCACGUCUGGAAGAAGACACAGCUGCUACAGUUGUGAAGUUGCGCGAGGAGCAUAUAUCCGCUACUCGGGUUCUGACAGAACAGCACGCAGUGUCACUGCUACAGAUCACUCGUGGCCACGAUGAAGAGAUUGCUCGGCUCAAGUUGUCGCAUACCUCUGAGCUCGACAACGCGGUUGCAAAGGCUCAGGAAGAAUACGCAUCUCUCCUCACCUCCCACGCAGCAGCAAUCGCGAAUCUUGAAUCUGAACACCAGAUGUCACUCGCCGUAGUUCAAGCGUCCCUUGUCGCUACUCAAGAAAAGCACGCUUCCGACCUCCAAGAGUCUCGAACAGCAAGUGAGCGCGUGCUUGCUGAGGAACGGAAACGCCUCGCUACCACUGUUGCCGGCCUUGAGCAGGAACACUCUGACGAGCGUGAUGCUCUCCGCAAGGAGCAAGAUCGUCUCCAUCAAGAACUAGAGUCCCACAAAGUCACGAUCUUGGAUGUUCAGGAACAAAAUGAACGAGGAGUGCUUGCAGAGAGGCAGCGUUCACAGUCGGCAGUAACUGAACUCGAGGAGAAGCACUCCGCUGAACGCACCACGAUGCGCGAAAGCUACAAAUCGCUUGCUCAGGAGCUUGAGGCUCACAAAGCUGCCGCAAGCGACUUUGUGGCAGUGCGUGCACAGUACGAAUUGGCCGUGUCCGAACAGACGACCGCGAUGUCAUCCUUGGAAACACGUUUGGUUGGUGUACAAUCAGAGAAAGUAGACCUUCAGGCACAGAUCACCAAACUGAUGGCUGAACUGGAGAAGACACGGUCAGAACGGGCCACGUUUAUCAAGGAAGCAUCCAAACGCGAGUCAUUGGUUGACGAGCUCGACAAACAUCGCUCCCUUAUCGCUGAGAUGCAAGAGAACCUUCAGCGCGUUAAAGACGAGAAAGAUAACUUGCAAGUGGAGAAGAAUAAGCAGGAGACUGCUUUGCGCGACAUGCAAAUGCAGAUUGCACGCACGCCGAUCGCCCAGGAGACCUCGACACCACGGGCAACACCUGAUCGCAAUAUCUCUUUUACUCGUAUCAACGGUAUGGCCUCCAAGCUUCCUCCUCCCACACCCCCGCCAUCCAUGCCACCGCCACCAGCGCCGAAAACUCAGGAAUCCCAGUUCAGUUUAUCUACUCAAUCUUCCACUACGUCUUCGAAAGACUCUACCGACUCUUCUGCUACGUCAGUCGCCUCUGUACUUGCACCAAACGGCCCUCAAGUGGACUCCAAGGCCAUCGCUGCCAAACUCGAGGACCAAGCGAAGUAUAUCGAUGAACAGGAGGUGAUGAUCAAAACACUCAACAAACAGCUAUCUCACUGUGAGAGUGAUUUGGCUACUCACAUGGAUCUCGUGAGUACACUAGAGACAUCCCUGAGCGACUCUGAGAAGAAUCUCCGCAAAGCGCGCAUGCAAGCAACGGAGCUUGCGAGGGAGCGAGACUUGCUCAAUUCCCAAAAUGAGGGCCUUCGUAACGAGUUACAGGAAGCGCGCCGUGAGGUUGUUACUGUUCGGAAAUCGAUUGUGGAAGAGAAACAAUCCCUCGAAUCGCGUCUUGACGAAGAACGACGUGCGAAGGAACGUGCUCGCGCGCAGCUCGACUCUCGGAUGGAGGAAUUACAAAAACGGAAAUCGAAGUUUGCCUGUCUAUAG